CCACGAACGAUGAGCAAGCGAGUGUUCGACGGCAAUGGUGAAUCUCCAUCAACAAAAAAACAAAAAAGUGAUCUUACUCACUCUAAUGGAAGCAGCGCCCUAGCAGCUCAGCUAUCUGGAGAUGCUCUCAUUGCCCAGAAACGAGCAGAGAUUGCUGCAAAGGUAGCAGCCAUGAAAGACGGUAUACCAGGCCUCGCAAAGGUUCUACCACUCAAGAUGGACAGUCCCUCUUCAGGUUCAGGCACACCACUUCAGAACACCGAAGACCUCGCUCGCAAGGUUGCGGAGGCCAAGCGCCGUGUGGCAGAGGCACAGACAAAGCUUGCCGUCAAGGACAACCCGUAUAUGUCGGUACCACAAAUUGGCAAGAAGAACAAGCCUGUUGAGCCAGCACAGCAAGGCGCUGGCUUGAAGAUGACUGCUCAUCCCCUUCUCCUUGAUACCGCUCCUGCUGCACCACAGUCGAAGAAGGAUCGAUACAAACCAAUGCAGCCUAAGUUCGCUUCAAUCAAGGCAAACAUACGAAACGCCCCAACCCCUCCCCCAGCGCCAACUCCAGUCCCCAUUGUCGAAGUCAAAGCAAACCCUUAUGCUUCCAGCUCGACCGCAGCCAAAGACAGUGGUUUCGAAGGCGCGCCAAAGGAGCGCCAUGGUCGCACUUUCCGGUUCAAUCCCCAGGGCAAGUAUCAACAGCUCGCGGAACAAAUGCGUCAGGAGGCGCAACUCGAGGCACUCAAGCAACGUAUUGCCGAGAGCGCGCGUAAAGCUGGUCUUGAUUCGGAGUUCGAGACUCUGGAGAAGAACAUCAAGCGUGAACCUCCCCCAACAGUGGAAUGGUGGGACGCAGCUCUACUGCCCGACAAAACCUACGAGGACCUUUCCCUCGGAUUUUCUCACCUCAACAUCCGAACUCAGGAUUCGCCAGUCACUUUGUACGUCCAGCACCCUAUUCCCAUCCCAGCUCCAAUGGAAGAACACAAAAUUGGCUUGAAACCGCUUAUGUUGACCAAAAAGGAGACAAAGAAGAUGCGAAAGCAACGUCGUCAAGCCGAACGUCAAGAUAAACGCGAUCGUAUCCGUAUGGGUCUCAUCCCGCCUGACCCACCCAAAGUCCGCCUGUCAAAUCUGAUGAAAGUUUUGACAUCAGACGCAGUCCAAGACCCCACACGUGUCGAAGCCCGCGUGCGCAGAGAAGUUGCAAUGAGAAAACACACGCAUGAAAAGACGAACGCGGAACGUAAACUCACCGAUGAACAACGGAGAGAGAAGAUCGAGAAUAAGAAAUCUGAGCAGGAGAAGAAGGGUAUCAUUGGGGCUGUUUUCAAGGUCAAAACGCUCACAGACCCCUCCCACCGCUUCAAAGUCCGCAAAAACGCGGAGCAACUCAACUUAACGGGCGUGUGCAUUUUCAAUCCGGCCUUUAGUAUGGUAUAUGUUGAAGGCGCUCCCAAGUUCAUUCAGAACUAUAAGCGUUUAAUGCUCCAUCGUAUCGCUUGGACCGAGGCUGCGCGUCCGCGCGGUGGGGAUGAUGUGAUUCUCGAUAAUGCCAGCGAAGAAGGCACGGAAAACAGUGGCGCCGCUUUCAAUGAUGUUGGUCCUGGAGGUCCUGUAAAAUCCGCAGAACCCGAAGCAAUUGUCUCCCUCGAGAACAAUGCGUGUUAUCUCGUGUGGGAGGGUCAACUUAGAGAUCGGGCGUUUAAUACAUUUAAGCCUAAGGGGUGUCCUACUGAUGCGAUGGCUAAGGAGGUGUUGGGGCAGAGAUUGGCGGGGUAUUGGGAUCAGGCGAAGAAUUGGAAGCCCGAAGAGGAGGAGCUGUUCUGAUUUGGAGUUGGUCAUUAAUGGCCUUCGUACUUGACUGGAAUUAAUAUAUCAUUUUCUUUACAUAAAAUUGGUAAGUACCUUACCUAACCACACGUGUUUCUGGUGC